ACGUGUGUCGUUAUUUAUAUAAAGUGAAAGCAGUUGUGUUCCUGUUCAUUUCGCGGUUACAGAUCCAGGAACAAGUACACUACAACCAGAAAGAUAUCAUUUUGUCUGCGUUAGCAAGCACUGAUUUCGAAGGGAACGAGAAGGCGAGAUGGUUAACUCAAGUGGUGAUAACAGUUCACCGUUCCACCUUGUUCUUCCUAAUGAUCCGCACUCGUCAGUGAACAAUGGUGCCAUAUUAAAGGCACUUUACCCGUUGGAGAUAGCGAUAUGCUCCAUAUCUUUUAUAUUCAACUUGGUGACUUUGUUUACGCUGCAUCACACUAAGAAUCUUAUGGAUCAGUUCCGAUUGUCCCUGCAGCUGGUGACCCUUGGUGACCUCGUGUUUGUGACCGUUGACCUUUUCUAUUCGGUGACCAUAGUCCAAUAUGGCGACAUAGUCGAGGCUGUACAGCCCCAGAACUUAGGCUGCGCGGAUGAAGCACUUAAUGACCUUUCAAGGCAUCUGUUACUGCUCCCAUUACUUUCAACGACAAGCGUAGUAAUCGUACAGUCGCUAUCCAUCGUCAAACCCUUGCAGUUCAAUAGCAUUGUUACUAAACGACGUGUUCUAUUUGGGAUGGCGCUUGCAGUCGGUUUUGUCGCUCUGUCAUAUAUAACAUUACAUGUUGUUUUCUUGGUUGGAAACAUGGAACGAACGUGCUUGGAACACUUCUAUGGUGGGUACACGCGUGUCUCGGCGUUGUAUCUUGGAACUGCCUGUACCGCCAUUGAAAUAGUUAACCUUAUAGUGUACGCGGUUUUCUGGCAUAAGGCUAGAGUCACAUUGACAACCGGUAUGGCCUCAAACACCCAUCAACAUUUUAGGCGUCUACAAGUCACAGUCGGCUUGCUCAUGGGGACAAUUCUUCUCUUCUGGACGCCAGCCGUCGUGAUGUUAUUCCUGAUGGUUCUGAUGUACGACAAUCCUGCAGACAUCAGUAGAGACGCGACCAUCGCUCAUCAAAGCGUUGGCGUGGUAGCACUACUGAACCCGCUGAUGGACCCUCUCAUCUACGUCCUGCGGAUCUCAGAGGUGAAAGGGGGGUACAGAAGGCUGUGGAAGAAGAUGACAAACUCAUGUCAGCCCAAACCCAAGCUUGACCAGAACUCGGAGACCAUCAGCGAUAAAAUGAAAACGAAGGAUCAAGGUUCAGAGGACAGUUAUAACACAUACCUGUAA